CUUUUGCCCUUCUGUUAAACGCCUCUCUUUCUCUCUCUUAUCUCUCUCUCUCUCUCUCUCUCUCUCUCUCUCUCUCGCUGUACAUCGUCGGCGAUUAAACCAAAAUCACCUCCGCCUCUUUCCUCGCGAAUCGGACGACGACCUUCGACGAGCGGCGAAUCCGACCCCCACCCGCCGCCGCCGCCGCCGCCGCCGAUUCCUAUUCCGAUUCCCGAAACCGGGACCGAAGCGACUCGCGCAAUCGGAAUCCCCUCCUGCCGCCGCCGUCGCCGGCGGCCCGUCUCCGGCCGGCCCCGGAACUCUGUAGCAAUCUGGACUUUUAGGGGCCAUUUACAGGAGUUCCAUGUGAUAGAUGGCCUUCUUUAAGAAUUUUCCAAAUGAAACAGUAUCACACGGCAUCGUGGAGGAAAAUAGCCGGGCACAGAGUUCCAUAAGGAAUGAGGAUGUUGGUAGACCUUUCAGCGAGAGAAUAUUCGAUAUGAAUCUGGAUGCACAGUACCCCAGUGACGGCGAACCAUCUGGUUCCAGCAGAGUACAGAAAGAAGCAGUAGCAGAGAAUGGAAUUAGAGCAAACAACCUGCAGCCUUCUGUAAGGAGAACAGCUAAUGCUGGCAAGUGGGGUUCCACAUUUUGGAAGGACUGCCAACCCAUGGGUCCUCCAGAAGGGUCUGAUUCUGGACAAGAUUCGAAAAGUGGGUCAGACUGUAAAAAUUCUGGAAGGUCAGCAGGUAAUUCAGCUGACGCAAGAGAGUCAGAUGACGAUGGACAGAAAGAAGUAACCAAGGGUCAAAGAGGCCCCUCUGAUGUUCCCGCAGAUGAGAUGUUGUCUGAUGAGUAUUACGAGCAGGAUGGGGAAGAGCAGAGUGAGUCAGUUGUUUUUGGAGGGUUCAAUCAUUCCACAAGGAUGAAUUCGAUACCCUCAACAAAACCAAUGCCCUUUGCAGCUAAUAGAAACGUCUCUCGGAAUCGAAGGGCCCUAAAUGAUGACGAUGAAGAAGAUGACGAUGAAAAGAAUGACGAUGCUGACUACGAGGAAGAGGACGAUGAAGAUGGAGAUGACCCUGAUGAUGCUGAUUUUGAGCCUGAUUCAGGGGUUGCUGGUCGUCAAUUAGUAAGCAAGGACGAGGACUGGGAUGCUGAAGACUCUGAUGAGGAAAAUAUAUCUGAUGAUGAUAUGGAUGCUGUGGACGAAGAUGACUCGUUUUAUUCAAAGAAAACGAAGAGUAAAAAAGGAGGUAAAGGUGGACGCAGUGGCAAAACUUCCACGGAACGCAAGUCACUCCCUGCACCAAGGCGACCAAGAAAAGGUAAAAGUCCAUUCGAGGAAGAUGAGUCUUCUGCCAGGGACUCUGAUAGUGGGAGUGCGGAAGAUUUCAAGGGUGUUACAAGGAGGGGUGGACAGCUAAGGAAAAAUAAUGUCAGGUCAAAUCCUUAUACAAGUUCCAUAAGAGAAAACAACGAGGUCCGUACCUCAACUAGGUCAGUAAGGAAGGUAUCAUAUGUUGAAAGCGAUGAUAGUGAAGAAGUUGAUGAAGGAAAGAAGAAAAAAUCACAAAAGGAGGAAAUGGAAGAGGAAGAUGGUGACUCAAUUGAAAAGGUUCUCUGGCAUCAGCCAAAGGGCACAGCUGAAGCGGCUAGUAGGAAUAACAGAUCAACAGAGCCUAUUCUCAUGAACCAUCUGUUUGAUUCUGAGCCAGAUUGGAAUGAAAUGGAAUUUUUGAUAAAGUGGAAAGGACAGUCACACUUACACUGUCAGUGGAAGUCCCUUCCUGAUCUACAAAAUCUCAGUGGAUAUAAGAAGGUGUUGAAUUAUACUAAAAAGGUGACGGAGGAUGUGAGGUAUAGGAGGUCAAUCUCUCGGGAGGAGAUUGAAGUCAAUGAUGUGAGCAAGGAAAUGGACUUGGAUCUCAUCAAGCAAUAUAGUCAGGUGGAAAGAGUAAUUGCCGACAGACUUAGUAAAGACAGCACUGGAGAUGUUGUCCCUGAGUAUCUAGUCAAAUGGCAAGGGCUAUCUUAUGCUGAAGUAACCUGGGAAAAGGACAACGAUAUUGGAUUUGCUCAAGAUGCUAUUGAUGAGUACAAGGCACGGGAGGCUUCUAUGGCUGAUCAAGGCAAGUCAGUGGACUUCCAGCGCAGAAAGAGCAAAGCAAGUUUACGAAAGCUUGACGAACAACCAGAGUGGUUGAAGGGAGGAAAGCUUCGUGACUAUCAAUUGGAAGGUUUAAAUUUCCUUGUUAACAGUUGGAGGAAUGACACGAAUGUUAUUUUAGCUGAUGAAAUGGGUCUUGGUAAAACUGUUCAGUCAGUUUCCAUGCUUGGUUUUCUGCAGAAUGCACAGCACGUCUAUGGGCCAUUUCUUGUCGUCGUACCUCUAUCUACUUUGUCGAAUUGGGCGAAAGAAUUCAGAAAAUGGCUUCCUGAUUUGAAUGUCAUUGUUUACGUCGGUACUCGUGCUAGCCGAGAGGUCUGCCAGCAGAAUGAGUUCUAUAAUGAUAAGAAAGUUGGUCGAACCAUGAAGUUCAAUGCCUUAUUGACCACAUAUGAAGUUGUCCUAAAGGAUAAAGCUGUUCUAUCAAAGAUCAAGUGGAAUUAUCUUAUGGUUGAUGAAGCACAUAGGUUGAAGAAUAGUGAGGCACAGUUGUACACCACUCUUUUGGAAUUUAGCACAAAAAACAAGUUGCUUAUUACGGGUACCCCCUUACAGAACAGCGUGGAAGAGCUAUGGGCUCUGCUUCACUUUCUUGAUCCUGAUAAAUUCAAGAAUAAAGAUGAUUUUGUCCAAAACUACAAGAACCUCAGCUCGUUUAACGAAAAUGAGCUGGCCAAUCUUCAUAUGGAACUGCGACCUCACAUUCUACGGAGAGUUAUCAAGGAUGUAGAGAAGUCUUUGCCUCCAAAGAUUGAGCGUAUACUUAGAGUUGAAAUGUCCCCUUUGCAGAAACAGUACUACAAGUGGAUAUUAGAAAGAAAUUUCCAUGACUUGAACAAAGGAGUUCGUGGGAAUCAGGUCUCUCUUUUAAACAUUGUUGUGGAGUUGAAGAAAUGCUGCAAUCACCCUUUCCUGUUUGAAAGUGCAGACCAUGGGUAUGGAGGGGAUUUUAGAAUUAGCGACAACAGUAAAUUGGAGAGGAUCAUUUUGAGUAGUGGGAAGCUGGUUAUUCUUGACAAGUUGCUUGUCAGAUUGCAUGAGACUAAGCAUCGAGUUCUGAUAUUCUCCCAGAUGGUUAGAAUGUUGGAUAUACUAGCGGAUUAUAUGUCGCUUAGAGGGUUCCAAUAUCAGCGGCUUGAUGGUAGCACAAAGGCCGAGUUGCGCCAGCAGGCUAUGGAUCAUUUUAAUGCUCCUGGGAGUGAUGAUUUCUGUUUUCUCCUAUCAACUCGGGCAGGUGGCCUUGGCAUUAAUCUUGCUACAGCAGAUACUGUUAUAAUAUUUGAUUCUGACUGGAAUCCACAAAAUGACUUACAGGCAAUGAGUAGAGCUCAUCGAAUUGGGCAACAAGAGGUUGUCAACAUUUAUAGAUUUGUUACAAGCAAAAGUGUCGAGGAAGACAUCUUGGAGCGUGCCAAGAGAAAGAUGGUUCUUGACCAUUUGGUAAUCCAAAAACUGAAUGCGGAGGGUAGAUUGGAGAAGAAAGAAACAAAAAAGGGGAGCUAUUUUGACAAAAACGAGUUGUCUGCCAUCUUGAGAUUUGGGGCAGAGGAACUUUUCAAGGAGGAAAAAAAUGAUGAAGAGAGCAAGAAAAGACUACUAAGCAUGGAUAUCGAUGAAAUUCUUGAAAGAGCUGAAAAAGUGGAAGAGAAGGAAGCUGUGGAGGAGGGGCAUGAAUUGCUGGGUGCUUUCAAGGUCGCUAAUUUCUGUAGUGCUGAAGAUGACAGUAGUUUUUGGAGUCGAUGGAUCAAACCAGAAGCUAUAGCUCAAGCUGAAGAAGCUUUACUUCCUCGUGCUGCGAGGAACAUCAAGAGCUAUGCAGAGGUUAAUCACUUGGACCAACCUGAGAGAACCAAUAAAAGGAGAAAAAAGGAAUCUGAACCACAAGAGAAGGUCUCUAAACGCCGCAAAGCUGAAUACUCUGUGACCUCUGCUACAGUUAUUGAAGGUGCAGCUGUUCAAGUAAGAGGAUGGUCUUACGGCAAUCUGUCUAAGAGAGAUGCAUUGCGCUUUUCUCGUGCGGUUAUGAAAUUUGGGAAUGAGAAUCAAAUCGCUCUUAUCGCUUCGGAGGUUGGCGGAUCAUUUGCUGCAGCUCCUCCUGAAGCGCAGAUUGAGCUUUUCAACUCUUUGAUUGAUGGAUGUAGAGAGGCAGUCAAAAUGGGAAAUGUUGAUCCGAAGGGGCCGCUUUUAGAUUUUUUUGGUGUCUCUGUGAAAGCUAAUGAUAUUCUUACUCGAGUUCAAGCACUUCAGCUCCUAGCAAAGCGCAUCAGUCACUAUGCUGAUCCAAUCAAGCAGUUCAGGGUGUUGACUUACCUCAAACCUUCGAAUUGGUCCAAAGGCUGUGGAUGGAAUCAGAUUGACGAUGCAAGAUUGCUGCUUGGUAUCUAUUAUCAUGGAUUUGGUAAUUGGGAAAAGAUACGGUUAGAUGGGAGUCUUGGUCUUACAAAGAAGAUUGCUCCGGUUGAACUUCAGCACCAUGAGACAUUUCUACCGCGUGCUCCAAAUUUGAGAGACCGGGCAACUGCUCUUCUGGAAAUGGAACUUGCUGCUGCUGGAGGCAAGAAUUCUAAUGUCAAAGGAGGACGUAAAGCUUCUAAGAACGUCAAAGAUAAUGUUCUCAACACUGCUCAGACCAGGGAGAACAGAGCUGCUCCUUCUGCAAAAGUUAAGUUGCAAGCAAACAAAGAAAGGCCUCAGAAAUUGGCCAAAGCUGAACCCUUAGCUAAAGAGGAAGGCGAAAUGUCAGAUGAUGAAGAAGUGUAUGAGCAGUUUAAGGAAGCGAAAUGGAUGGAAUGGUGUGAAGAUGUCAUGGCAGAUGAGAUAAAAACCUUGAAUCGUCUUCAUAGAUUACAGACUACCAGUGCCAAUCUUCCGAAGGAAAAGGUGCUUGCUAGGAUUCGAAAUUAUCUCCAGCUCAUUGGACGAAGGAUUGAUGGAAUCAUUUUUGAAUAUGAGGAGGAGCCUUACAAGCAAGACAGGAUGACCACGCGACUAUGGAACUAUGUGUCUACCUUCUCAAACUUAUCUGGGGAGAGACUCCAUCAGAUUUACUCAAAACUUAGACAGGAGCAGGACGAGGAGGUUGGGCCUUCUCAUGUUAAUGGUUCUUCCUCCGGCUCAAUGGGGAGAGAUGGUGAGUCUGGCUACUUCCCUCCUUUCCCCAACCAAAGAGGCUACAGAAAUGCGACGUCUUACCAUAUGUCUGACCUGUCAAACAAAGUCCAUGAUCCAGUUAAAUUAGAGGCCUGGAAACGCAGGAGGAGACCCGAAGCAGAUGCAUAUUCCCCUGUUCAGCCUCCAAUGCAACAGCAAAUGACCAAUGGUUCCCGUUUAGUGGACCCGAAUUCGCUGGGCAUUCUCGGAGCAGCACCAUCUGAUGGUAGACGAUUUGCUAACGAGAGACCAUACAGAAUGCGUCAGUCCAGCUUUCCCCAGAGACCAGAUUUUUCUUCGGGGAUCAAAUAAGCAUAUACUCUGCUACGACAGAGUAAUCCGUUGGUUGCAUGUGGUUGGUUGGAACCCUAAGGUUUCCAUCCGGUUGCAUCUGGUUCAGCCACACUGGUUGUUCCCUGGAAAUUUUGACUUGUCCAUCGGAACGACACACUAUUCUUGUUGGUAUUCUUUGACAGAGCAUUUGGACAGGGUAAGAUGUUGCAGUGCAGGCGCACCCCUUGAAGUUGGUGAAAUAGGUGGCUGACAAAACAGAGGCAAAGCUCAUCUUUUGGAGAUAAAUUUGUUUUGGCUACAAAGCUUCUUCAAAUAAUUAGGUCAGCGAUUUUCUAAGUGUAACGUGUAAAUUGCUAGAGGUCUCAUCUAAUGUAUACAUACAACAAAGAGAGGUUCACAUGUAAUCCUGAAAGGGAAGUGUACAUUACAAAUUUUGCGUAGUUCUCGAUAAGUCGUGUGCUUUAUCUUGAGCAACGGCAAAAUGCAAAUGUAGUCUGGUUUUCAGAGGAGUUAUUGAAUUCAUUUUACUUUAUUGCGCAA